UUUGUUGUGUGUAGUAAAUUCUAACUGUACCAGGACCUUUGCUUCACUUUGUGUUUUGCCUCUUUUCACCUUUUUACAUGUUUAAUGCAACAUUGUAACAGGGUUCUUUUUCUCCUGUACAUAAAUGAAGAUCUGUCAACGUUGUUCAUUUUUGAGGAACAUCUUUAAUUGACAAGGAAGGGAAAAAUGAAGUGAAAUCAAUUUGCUCUGGCCAUGUUCGGUUCAAUUUAUCCCUAUUCAGCAGAUAAGAUCCUCUCCAAAAUAACAAAAGACAAAAAAGUACAUGUGAAAGUUGCAUCACCGGCCGACUGGCUGAUCCAUGGUAAGAGAAGCUAAUGAGAAGGGCCGGCCAUUCGCUUCGUCUGAUUGUCAGUCUGCUCUGAUUCAUCCUGUCCCUGAGACCUAUUUUCAUCUCUGCUACAGGCCAUAGUCAGUCUAGUUCCUGGACACUGGCUGGGUUUUGCAUUUGGAUGAGUGCUCUUGCUUCCUGAGACGGAGUGUCCAGCAUUGCGUGAGGAUGGGCCUGCAGUGGUAUGGGAUGUGAUUGUCUCCCCUGAUUUCCAGGCCCCCUGACCAGUGAGGAGGGAGGGGACGGUAGGAUUUUACAUCAGCUGUGGUGUCUCCGGGCACAGACAUGGUUCCCUUCCAGGACAUCCUAUACCAGGUGAGGAGGUGCGUGGAGGAGGCAUCCCCAGAAGAGGUGCAGAACCUCCUGAAGGAGCUGAUGGAAGUGCAGGUCCUGUCCAGGGAUUACUACCUGUCGCUAGCCCAGGAGGGUGAUUCUGAGGACCUGGCGCGUAGGAUAUCUCUGCCCAUUUGGCAGAACUGGGACAUGUGCCAUGGUCCCAUCCAGCUGCUGCUCCACAGGCUGCCACCAUGCAGUCCAUGUGCCAACGGGUCAGAAAUGCAAGAAAUGGCUUUGGACCUUCAGGAACAUCUGGGCGAGACUUUACAUGACGAGGACCUGAUUGGUUAUUUUCCUCGAGAUCUUCUGGAUAUCCCUGGUGGAUGCUUCUCCCCCUUUCCCCACGAUGAUUCUUUGGACAUCGACAUAUCAAACAUAUUACAGACUCUGUUUGAAGGUCAAGAAGGAUAUUCCAGUGAUGCGGCUACUGUACCAACUUCACCAGCCAAGUCGGAGCCAGUUCAACAGGAAACAAACAAUGAAAAUUCCAGUAAUGGAAAGAGAGGCCUGCCUGCCUACUUGGCAUCUGGAGAUCCAAAGAAAGCAAAGCGCAGAAGGAGAGCAGAAAAUAGGUCAUCAAAGGGCAGAGACAAGACGCGCAGGCCCCAAAAGAACGGCGACUGCGAAAAUAAUGUUUCACCAGAGAAGGGGGUUGUGACCGCAGCUCCCCCAGGGAUAGUCCGGUUCGGGCCCUGCACUGUCCCACAAUUUCUGCAGGUCCCAGUCUUUGUGCCAGCUCCUGGUGGUCCAUCUUUCCAGGUGAUUCAGACCUUUGCACCUGUCCCUCAGCAGAUGGUCAAGAUCCCUGUGGCCAGCACCAUGGGCCUUGGAGGUCCCACCUAUGUGCUGGUGCCAUCGCCGACAGUCACACCCAGCCCCCAGGUCAUGCCCCAAUCUCCCGUGGCCGGGGCGGUGGUUCCCCCGGAUCUCGCUGUCUCCACGCCUCUGAGUUCCUCUUCAGACCGUGCAAACAAAGCCUGGUCUGUGGCCUCUGUCUCCUCCCUGUCUCCUGCGACAGAGGAACCAUCAUGCAAAGGCUUAAAGUCCCCAACCACCCAUGUGCCACCAGAGCCCGACACACCCAAAUGUGUUGCGGAAUACAUGGAAAGGGCCAAAUCGCUCAUGAGGGACACGUGCGAAAAUGCGACUGCUGACCCCGGUGUGCCUUUCAAGUCCCUCUACGUGGAUGUGGGCCCGGUCAAGCGGCAGGUGCAGGCCAACGUGGGGCGGAAUGCCAAAAGGUGCCUGGAGAAGGAGCUGGUCGUCCUUGGUGAUGGCGAUCGGAGACGGGCCACGCUGGAGAGGGGGCGGGUCUUCGAGGAGGAAGCGGGGCAGAGGCGCACCGGGGCCUCGAUUGCCCUGCUGGGGAAGAGCGGGGCGGGGAAGACGACCUUCAUCCGCAGGCUGUGCCUGGACUGGGCCGAGGGUGACCUCCCGCGGUUCGACUUCCUGUUCCUACUGGAGGGACGGGCCCUGAACGUCCCGCAGAGUGGGUUCAGCCUGAGGAACCUCCUUUUUGACAUUUCGGCAAACUCCAAGCUUAGCCGAGACUCUGACACGGGCGUCGACGUGGACGUUGUCUUCAGGCACGUCCUGGCCCGCCCCCAGAGGGUCCUCAUCAUGUUCGAUGGCUUCGACGACUUCAGGGACUGUGAUGGGCUCCUGCAAUCCCCAGCCACAAGCGCCUCCAGGGACGACUACAGCGCCAAGCAGCUCUUCUCCGGACUGUUCCAGAAGAAGGUCCUGGCCGGGUGCACGCUGCUGGUGGCAGCCCGGCCCAAGGAGGUCCUGAACCAGUGCCUGGGGAAGGUGGACCGGAUCUUGGAGCUUCCGGGCUUCUCCCCCACAGAGGUGGAACUUUAUGCUUCCCGCUACUUGGCGGGGUCCCCUUGCCGUGACCAGGCUCUGAAAAGACUGCGGGAAGGUGGCUAUGCUCUCAGGCUGUGUGCGAACCCCUUACUCUGCCAGUCCGUCUGCUACCUCCUGGACAGGCAGGGCGGCAAGAAAGCGCUGCCGUCCACGCUCACGGGGCUGUGCGAGGCAGUGACUCACCACCAGUUGUUUGCGAUUGGCCGAGAGCAAGAGGGGGUGGAGUCACGGCGGGCAACAGUUUUGAAGCUCUGCCAUGCGGCUUGGGAGGGAAUGAAAUCCCACAGUUCCCAGCUGCCGCUGGACAGUGAGCUGAGCCCCGCAGAGCAGUGUGAGCUGGAGGCAGCCGGCGGGAUUCUCACCCGCUACGCUCAGUGGCACGGCAAGGAGGAGCCCGCAGGGCAUGGCUACGGGUUCGGCCACAUGCUCACCCAGAGCUUUUUGGCCGCCCUGUACCUAGCCCUGUCCCGGGACGUGAGCAGCAGGGCCUUGGUGGCGCAGAUGGGGGUCCAGCCGCGGAAGAGGAAGCUUCCGGCUGACUGGCUGGACAUCACGCAUAGGCUCGCCAUGGCCCUGCUCUUCCAGAAGAGGGCGCUCUUUCGGGAUUGCUUCGCGGAAGCCAAGGGCGGGGCCCGGGGCAGAGACGUGGCGGCUAAGCGGGCCGCGGUGACGGCUCACCUGAAGCGGCUGAGCGUGUGCGAGCCAAGCCCCUCCAGGCUCCUGGAACUGUGCCACUGCAUUUUCGAGACGGGCGACGUCAAACUCGCCAAGUGCCUGAGCAAGAGCCUGCCCUGCCAGCUCUCCUUCAGCGGCGCCCAGCUGGACCCGCCUGACGUCUUCGUCCUGCACCAGCUCCUCGUCCUCAGUGCCAAUAGGAGCUUCUCCCUAAACCUGGAGGAGACCGGCAUCAACGUCUCCGGCCUUAGGGAGCUCCUGGGGCUCAAGUGCGUCUCCUCCUUCAGAGCUUCCAUAGGGGAUGUGAUUAGCCUUUGGGAAGAUCUGCAGAAGACGAAUGCAGAGGGUCUUCUGAGAAACACAAUUUCAAAGUUCACUAUCAACCCCUUCAAAGCUACACGCCUGUCUCACAUUGAUGACCUCACUCUCCUCAUCCAGAUCUACAGAGAGAAAAAACUUCCCUUCUGUGACUCCAACCAAUCAGAGCCCACGUUGGACAACGAUUCCUUCAGCAUCCCAGCUGUGAGGAACCUUCGAAGGCUGGACUUCGAGCUGGGUGCACAAAAUGGUCCCGCGGGAUUCUCGAAGCUGGUUAAGAUCCUUCCGGACCUGCAGUGGCUGCAGCACCUUGACCUGGAGGACAACAAGAUUGGAGACGCCGGGGCGGAGAUGUUGGCUGAGGUGCUACCUGCGCUGCUAUCUCUGGAAAUGCUGAACCUAUCACAAAACUGCAUCGGAGAUGGGGGCGUGGCCAAGCUGGCUCAGGCACUCUCCUCCCUCCCUGCUCUGCUUUGCCUCAGCUUGUACAGCAACCUGAUUGGCGAUGGUGGAGCUGAAAACCUGGCUGCGGUCCUGCCCCAGAUGAAGUCACUGACAGAUUUAGAUGUGAAAUAUAACAAGUUCAGCGACUCGGGAGCCAUGAUGCUGAGUGAGAGUAUGAGGAGCUGCCCGUGGAUGAAGACCAUAGGAAUGUGGAACCAUUUCAUUCCCCACGGUGUUCUUGAGCGUCUGAAACAACAGGACUCAAGGAUACGAACACUCUAGAACACCAAGGACUACCCUCGUGAAUGGGAGUGACUUCACAAAUUUGGCAGAUGACCAGUUCUUGCAAGGACUACCUAUCGAUCUGUCUGGCUCUUUGGCAUGACCCUUUUUCAGUGUGCUUGGAGUCUAGAAAAGCAGGUAAAAAAAUGGUCAUCUCUGGUGAGAAUUGGUCUCAGUUCGGCAUGUGGCUGACACGUACUUGCCUUGUAAAAAAAAUCAGCUUUUAAACUAGUCCUAUUGCUUCCUAACAGGUUUUCAAACCUCUUCCUGAGCACAGCUACUGAAUUGCACAGCCACUGUACAGAAUCCUGUACUUAGGGUUUCCAGAUGCCCGGUUUUGGACCAGAAUUUUCAGUUUUCAAAUAAUUUGUACAGGUCUGGUCCGUGGUCCCGACCAGAUGAUAUAAAUCUGAACAAUCUGAGCAACUGAUUGAAAAUGAACAGCUAUUUUGUAAUGAAUUUGCUCCAUUUGCACUGUCCCCCCACUGGUCUGCGAUUGAUUCCGAAAGCUUGCCCCUGGGCCAUGAUUGGUUCCAACAGUGUGUAUGUGCACGUGUGUGCAUUUAGGUGGUGUCUGAUUUUGACACAUUCUAAAUCUGGCGACCGUGCGUGUCCUCUCACUGCUACUCUUACAGGUUCAACGCCCAUGUGGCUAAGUUGUUAAUAUUCUUGAUUUUGACUUAUUUCUUUUGUGGCGCUAUUUCACUUCCAAAUGGAAUGUCUCUCGAAUGACACUAUGACAAUCGUUUGUAAAACCCUUUCGUUGCAUUUCAAACUGGACUGCAAAGUACCAUCUGAUUAGAUUUAAUGAAAUGGCUUCUUCUCAAAAGAGCUAAACAUAUCUUUUUAACUCUAGUUUUGAAAAAAUGUUCUCUCAUAGGCAACACAACUUCAAUUUUUUCUCCAGUUCCAAAAUGCAAUUCAUUUUACUGGAUGCUGCUCUGAUUUGAUUGUUGUAAAUAUGUGCUGUUUACUGUAUAGGAAUGUGUACUGUAUGUUGAUAUGUCUGCAUCUUAUACUUGCUUCCAGGUGAAGGUAACUCAUACUAGGUGUUUACACAUAUUAACGCACUGAAAUUAGAUCCUUUGUGUUUGUGUAGAGGCUGAUGCCCAUCACAGUGUCCUUUAUAUUUAUGUUUUGGUAAAUUAAACAGUAGCACUAUCUUAAAGUUGUUACCAAAAUUUAUGCUGACUUUUCAGGGACAUUAACUCACAAUGUUUUGCCUCUACUUUAUGAAUAUUCAAUACAAUCAUGAUUGCUACUGUACAAUCUCAGCUUUGAAACAUAUUAACACUAUUGGAUUUUAGUCUGUAAUUUUACUUGCUAAUACAAAACAAUUACAGUUUUAACUGCCCUACGGCUUUGACUUGUAAGCUAACUACAGUUGCUCUUCACAAUGGUAACAAACAAAACAAAACCAGCAGCUUGAAACUUAACAGUUAUUUCACAGUACAAGCGAAACAUAUUUAACUUUAGCUAAUUACUGAAAACAGUAACUUGCAGUUGCUCAGGGAUGUAAGCUCACAUUUCAUGAGGCAGUGCUGGGUGGAGUGCUGCUGUAGAGAUAUUUCUGUUGUUCCAUACGCAUACUUGUUGUCACAUGUCUUUGUAAAUAUUGAUGUCAUUCACAAGAAGAAGAAAAAAAACGUAUUAUGUCUGUGUGUGAAUGUGUGGGUGGGAGCAGAUGUGUAUUUGGAAAGUACUGAAAUGUACUUUCUCUCCAUUACCAAAUUUGCACCUGAUUGCUUCUGUCACUGUCAGCAUUCAGGGUUUUUUCUUUCUUGUGUGUACAUGUGUGCGCAUUUGUGCAUUGUGAAACAUUUGCCUCAUUUCAGGUUUGUAUCUCCACAGCUCACUUUGUUUCUGUGAAAUACAAGUAACCAUCUAUUUCUGUGAAAUACAAGUAACCAUCUGUUGCCAGCAUAAUUGGAAAAAUGGGGGGGGGGUCCGUCUUGUGUUUAUAUCUAUAUCCAUAUUGUACUCUUGCAGAAUUUCGUCAAAUCUAUGCGAGUGAAAAUGCGAGCACUUAAAACAGAAACCAGAUCAGGUGCCAGAUUGGUACCUAAUUAUCAAGUUGUGGUUUUCCGGCAAGUCAGAGCCUGAGACCAUAAACAAACAGUACAUUUUACUUUCGGUCUCAUGCAUAAACCUACACACAGCAAGCUAAAAAAUGUUCAAAAACAAGCACCUGUUUAAUACAAAAUGUCUUCCAAAUGUAUGGACCUCGUACAUAACAAUGUAAUUAAACAUUUUCCUCUAUGCCUGUAGUCACAGCCACAGGCUGUCCUGAAAUGAAAGCAUACCCUGUUAUUCGUAUUUGUCCUAGUGAGGAGCAGAGGUGUAUCUAGAAAUUUUUACAUGUGGUGGCGAAAAGGUGGCAGACAGUUUUGCCGGGGGGAGGGGGGUGGGGUUCCGGCACUCAAAGAAAAGUUCAGUUUUGGUGACUUCUGCAAGGUGACUUUCGUCCAUCACGGAAAGAAAGAGCAUUCUUUUUUGCCUUUGAUUUUACAGAACAUUGUUAGAAAUAAAGCAUGCUCAAAUUGCAUUACUAAAUAAAACAUGGUUACCCUG